AUGACGAGGACGUUGAUCAUUGAAGGCACUGACAUCUUUCCAGCCCAUUGUGUUUCUUUCAUGCGUAUAUUUGAUGUUCUGUGGGGUAUCCCUGCAGACUGGGGUUUGAUAGAUGUCUACGGGAUAUUCAAGUUCAUUUCUGAGACAGAGUUAUCCAAAUGGGAAGGUCUUAACUCUAAAGCUGCGAUCUUGGUGCUGAGGGAUUCUCAUUGUAAUGCUAUCUCUUUCAUUUCUCUCUGUAGUAAUAAUGAGGUGACUAUGAUGCUGCACGGUGGUUUGGUGGAGACUGCACUGGCCAAGUUUGAGGGACACAUGGAUGAUGAAAAUCUUUUUGUUGUGGUUCAGUAUGUUGUUGCAAUGGGUCAUGGCUCUCAAGGUCAUCACAUUCCAUUAUUGGAUAAGCAACAUACUGCACUUAAUGAAAUUGAUAAGUUGUUGAAAGCAAAUGGAAUGAGUCUUAAUGACUUUCCUUCUCUUCCUUUGCCUGUUGAUGUUCCAACUAUUGAUGUUUCAAAUCAGUUCAUUCUACAAGAAUUGAAUUAUGAUAGGGAAUCCUUACAUUUAGAGGCUGAAGAGUUAAUUAGGUCAUUAAAUAGUGAGCAAAAAGAAAUAUUUGAUAGGGUGAUGUCUUCGUUGAUUGUUAAUAAUUGCAAGGGUAGAUUCUUCUUUGUCUAUGGCUAUGGAGGAACAGGGAAGACAUUUUUGUGGAACGCAUUAACAUAUGCGUUACAUGCCAAAGGCAAUAUUGUAUUAACUGUCGCAUCAAGUGGAAUAGCAGCAACAUUAAUACCUUCUGGAAGAACUGCACAUUCAAGGUUUGCAAUCCCAAUUCAAAUUAAUGAUUCUUCAGUUUGUUCUAUCAAGCAAAAUUCUCCUUUAGGUCACUUAAUUAAGUGCACAAAGUUAAUUAUUUGGGAUGAAGUGCCAAUGGUUCAACGUUAUUGUGUUGAAGCGGUAGACCGUACGUUUAAGGAUAUCAUGCACUGUCAAGAACCGUUUUGUGGGAAAUGCAUAGUUAUGGGUGGUGAUUUUAGACAAAUCUUGCCAGUCAUUCCUAAAGGCAGUAGGGCAACUAUUGUUGAUGCAUGUAUUACUUCUUCAUUGUUAUGGAAUCAUUGCACUGUUUUUCGAUCGACAAGGAACAUGCGAUUGAACUCCUCCUCAAUUAAUCAAGGAAUGUAUUCACUGGAGAAGUUCUCAAAAUGGUUGCUUGAUGUUGGAGAUGGAAAUUUAGGACUUCCCCAUGAUGGAGUAGUAGAGAUCGAGAUACCACAUGAAUUCUUACUCACAAAUUACACUAACCCAUUUAAACAAAUUGUGUCGUCCACUUAUUCUGAUCUCCGUAAUAAUUUCUCCAGGAAUGAUUACUUCACUGAUAGGGCCAUAUUGGCUGCAACAAUUGAGUAUGUGAAUGAAAUAAAUGAAUAUAUGUGUUCUCUACUGCCUGGUAAAUCUGUUGGGUACUUAAGUUGUGACACAGUUUGUAGAUCAUCAGAAGAUAGUGACUUCUUUGAUAAUUUGUACACUACUGAGUUCCUGAAUAGCAUAAAUUGCUCAGGUCUUCCACCCCAUAAGCUUUCUCUAAAGGUUGGAGCACCUAUUAUGCUUUUGAGAAACAUUAAUCAAGCGUCUAGGCCAUGCAAUAGUACAAGACUCCGUAUAUCACAGUUGGGAAAGACAGUGAUAGAAGCUAUCACCUUGAAUGGAUCUAGACCAAAUGAGAAGGUCCUGUUACAUAGAAUGGAUAUGAAUCCUUCAGAAAGUAGAUGGCCAUUUCGCAUGCAGAGAAGACAAUUUCCCAUUACCUUGUCAUUUGCAAUGACAAUAAACAAGAGUCAGGGGCAAUCACUUAAUUAUGUCGUUUUAUUUCUAACAAAGCCAGUUUUUACUCAUGGUCAAUUGUAUGUUGCAUUGUCAAGAAUUAGAUCCAUUAAAGGUUUGAAGAUUGUUAUCAAUGAGAGUGGAAGUUGUACGAAUACAAAGACAAGAAAUGUUUACAGAGAAAUCUUUAGGAAUGUGUCACAAGUGUAA